AUGGCAGCCGGUACACAUAUGGCUGCAACACAACAAGCAGCUGAUGAUCAAGCAUCAUCACUUUAUUUUUCUGGUAUAUGUCAAACAAUAUCAGUUAAAUGUCAACAUAGAAAUGAAAAUGGUUUAUUAACAUGUUCAAGAAAUCUUUAUGUUUCUUGUCCCCAUUGUCAUCUAUUAUUAUGUAUUGAUCAUAUACAUGAACAUGAAAAUUUAUUACGAUACGAAAUUGAACAAUUAAUUAAUGAAACAAAUAUUGUUAAAGCAAAUAUUCGUGCAUUAUUAACAACAUCUCAACAACAACCAUCAUCAACAACGGCUCAAGUACUUGAUGAAAAACAACGUACAUUAUGUGAAUUAUUAGAACGAUGGGCAACUGUUGGGAAAAUAUCAAUGUCUCAAGCUGCACUUAUACAACAUCAAUGUGGUUAUAUUAGUCAAACAACACAACAACAAGCUGCAGCUGCAUCAACAGCUGCUGUUGCUGCUGCUGCACUUGCCGCUGGUGCAACAAAUCAUCAUGUAACAGGUACUCAUCUUAAUAUAAAUAAUCAACAAAAUGGUAGUGGUACUAAUAAACUUCCAUCACAUCAUCAACCACAUCAUACACAUAGUGGACAUGCAACACAUCAUCAAACAAAUUCACAUCAUCAUGAUCGAUCAUCUCAACAACUUGCAUCAUCUGCAAAUGUUGUUAAAAAACGGCGAAGUGGAAAAAAUAAAAUAGUUACUUUAUUAAUGAAAAAUGCUGAAGGAGAAUAUGAAUGUCCUAAUGUUCAAUGUCGGAAAUCUCUCAAAUGUCAAGGUAUAACUGCACACGUUAAAGCUUGUGCAGUUGAUUGGCUGAAAGAAAAUGGUCAAUAUCUUAAUCUAAAUUAA